AUGAAGAUAUGGACAACCAUGUUCGGGCUGGAAACCCGCGUUUGGCAUGGGAACCAAAUUUCCAAAAGAUGUUAUAAAAAUAAAGGAACCGAUGGACUUAACGCCGGUGAUAAAACUUCGAAUGGGCCAAGGCAUUCGCCCUUAGGAGUCACCGGUUGCCGAUGGAAUGCCGCUGGUAAACUCACAGCCGCAGUCAAAUCGAAAGCAUCUAUGAUGAUCGGAACUCACAAUGUACGAUCCUUGGUUGAUGUAUCGAGAAGAGACAGUGAAAACAUCGCGGCGACACACUCUAGAUGUCUAGUUGUGGCACUCCAAGAAACUCGGAUAUCCAAGCAACAAUCCACAAUCACAGACGAUGGUAACGAAUUCAUAUUCUGCUCCAUGUCUCAAAAAAGAGUUGCUGGUGUUGGGUUUUGGAUUAAAAAAGAAGCACGUCAGUUGGUGGAAAAUGUGGAAGAAUAUGGCGAUAGAAUUGCCGUUAUGAAGCUGAGUGUUGGACCAACAAAAAUUGCCAUCAUAAACGCUUAUGCUCCAACUACAAAAGCAGCCGAAAAAGACACCGAUCAAUUCUAUAAACUUCUUCUCAAAAUUUAUAAAAGUAUACCCGAAUCGUGGACGAAAAUUGUUUGUGGAGACUUCAAUGCCGCCAUCGGGAAAACCACAUCAGAAGAACAUCCAGUUACGGGAAGAUAUGGAAUGAAGAACAUUGACAGAAAUGAUAAUGGAGAUGCUCUGUUGAAUUUUGCCAAUUUGUUGAGACUUUCGAUCAUGAACACGCACUUUAAGAAAAACCGAAGAGAUUAUUGGACGUGGAGAAAUGAAAAUGGAAAAAUCACCUCCAUGAUCGACUUUUUCCUGGUUAAAUGGUCUCGAAGAUUUCUGGUCAAGAAUAUCGACACUUUUGAUUCGAAAUUUGAUUUGUCGGAUCACAGAAUCGUCCGCGCAGAAAUUUAUACUUCCAACGCAAAUAUCAACAAAUCCACAAGAAAACCCAGAACUCCCACAAAAACGGCAUUGAAACUUGACAAAUCUCGAUAUGCGACUGCCUUGGCAAACUGUGAUGAGAUGAAUCAUUGCAAUUAUGAAACAUUGGUGAAUCUGCUGAAGUUAUGCGCCAAAAAUUCCUCGGAUCCAGUGCCGAAACAGUCAAAAAUCAGUGAUGAAACCAUGAAAUUGCUCGCCGAUCGAAAUCGGAUCUUGAACUCGAACAAUAGCUCCAUAGCUGAAAGAAAAAAGAUAUCGAGUGAAGCGAGAUCGUCGAUGAAAAGAGAUGCUGAAAAGUGGAAAUGUGAAAUUAUACAAAGAGCGGUUGAGAAAAGAAGAAGCAUCAAGAAAGCAUAUCGAAGAACAGAUGAAAAAUCAGAGCUGUUUGGAAAAUUGAAAUUGGCAAAUGGCACCACGACAACAAAUCGCUCAAAAAUUCGUGAAGAAGUUCAAAAGCAUUUCUCCGAACAAUUCAAGAAUCCGGGACAAGCAACACAAAAACAAGUCCACACACCAAGAAAUCCCCUUCCCAUCUUGUCUGAAGAGGUGGCUUUGGCAAUAAACCGGUUGAAAACAAAAUCAGCAAUGGGCGUGGAUCAAAUAAGUGGAGAAAUGUUGAAAUUUGGUGGCGAACACUUGUUUCGAAAUUUGGCCAGAUGUUUUAAUGAAACGAUUGAAAAUGGCGCAACACCUGGAGAUUGGAACAAGAUUCGGUUGAAAUUAUUGGAGAAGAAGAAAAACCCAGAAUGUCUAAAAGAUGUGCGACCAAUUUCAAUAUUGUCAAUACCGGGUAAAAUCUACACAAAAGUUCUCACAAAGAGGAUGAUGAAAAAAUCAGAAGAAUACCUCGAUGAAAGUCAAAAUGGCUUCCGCCCAGGAAGAUCUUGCUCCGAAAAUCUUCAAUCCAUCACAUGUUUAUGGGAGAAAUGCCACGAGUAUGAAAUUCCACUGGUGCUCACGUUUAUUGAUUAUCGGGCAGCAUUUGAUUCAAUAUUUUGGAAUUCGGUAGAGGACGGUGUUCUGGAAUCGGGUUUUGAGCCCCAAUAUAUGGAAGCGGUGAAAAGUUGUAAUGAGAUCGGAACUGGUGAAGUUGAAAUAUUUGGCAAGAAAUUGGAGAUAAAAAUGGAAAGAGGAGUACGUCAAGGUGACUCUUCAUCACCAGCUCUAUUCGCAAUCGCUCUCCACAAAUUGCUAAACGAAGCUGACCCGUUACCCGAAAAUGACGAGGAAAAUAAUUUCGGAAUCCGAGUGAAUGGACAAUAUAUAUCAAGAUUGCUAUUCGCAGAUGAUGUAGUUCUUAUUGACAAAAACCCGAAAGACGCAUCAAUCAGAGCUUCAAAAAUUGCCAAGAUUUGCGAAAAAGCUGGUCUUCAUUUCAAUACAGCAAAAUCUAAAGUUCUCCGAAAUGAUUGUGCGAACCCCGCAAGUGUACGGGUGAAUGGAAUACCAUUGGAAGACGUGGAUCAGAUCAAAUAUCUUGGAAGAAUAUUUCGAAAAGAUGGACUGUUGGAUGCGGAAAUAAGUAAUCGAAUAAGAGCAGGAUGGGCAGCAUAUCAUGGCAUCGCUUCAGCAAUCGAAAAUAUCGAUGAGAAAAAUAAGAACCAUUUUCUCAACUCUAGCGUUAUGGCCGCAAUAACAUAUGGGUCCGAAACCUGGAAUACAAAAGUUGCUGAUGUCAGGAGAAUUCAAAGAACUAUCUCAUAUAUCUGGGAAAAAGCUGAAGCUGGAAAACCGCCAAAUGUUGAAGCAGUCAUAAUGAAGAUGAAAAUGCGGUGGGCUGGUCAUAUAAUUAGACUUCCUCCAGAAAGAAUCUGCAGAAAAUUGACGGUUUGGGAAUAUCCAAGCGGAGUGAAGAGGAGAAAAGGAAGACCGAGAAAAAGAUGGGCUGAUGACAUCCAACAAGAAGUCAAAGUGCACCAACACAACAUCAAUAUACAAGGCCUCGGGGGAGGCGGAAGAAGAAGGAUCGGGAUUAUAGCCAGCAAAAUGCCCUGGUCACGAAUGGCAAGAUCUCGAAGUUCCUGGAAACAUCUAGUCCACAGCUACAUGCUCGAAUAA